AGGUUAACUCGUCCAUUUGCCCGACCAGUUGUAGUGGUUGGUUGUUGUUGUCAUUUUGGGAUCACGUCCUCGGAAUAAUGACGAAAGGUACUUCGAGUUUUGGUAAACGUCACAAUAAGACGCACACUCUGUGUCGUCGUUGUGGACGGUCAUCGUAUCACAUACAAAAGUCCAAGUGCGCCCAGUGUGGAUACCCGAGCAAGAAGCUCCGUCAUUACAAUUGGAGCGUCAAAGCUCAACGUAGGAAGACCACCGGAACUGGCCGACUCAGACAUCUGAAGAUUGUUCGCAGGAAAUUUAGGAACGGUUUCCGUGAAGGAACCCAAGCUAAGCCCAGAACUAGACAGAGUUAAUCAUGUUUUCUGUUAAAUUGAAAGACCAUUAAAAAAUAUACAAAUGACUUUGUAAAUAU